CUCAAUAGCGCUUCAUUGUGCAGAAUAAUUCACUUUUAACCGUUUGGAGUUUCACAAAAUCUCAUGUUUUACUAAAUGCAUUUUAGUCGCAUAACUAUCUUUGAGUUAUUAAGCUUUUAAUACCGCAGUCAGACGGCUUUUUUUCUUUGAGGCUGUUUGCAGCAGGAUUUCUGCUCACUUGGACUGCAGAUGGACUAAAAAACACACACACAAGGCGAUAUCAUUUGACAUAGAUUGAGUUUGAGUUAAACUGGAAUGUGAACUCAUGAAAUCAAAUGUGAAAUAUUAAAGUGUUUUAAGUGUUGAAGUGACAGAAGUCUCUGAAGUGCAGUGCGCGAGAUUAUACUCGCUUUCAAGGGAUGGACCAAUAUGAAUCAUAAAAAGAGUCUAUUUAUUGAAGCUCUGGAUCAGUAUGAGGACAGGGGAGAUGGAGGCUUUAAGCAGACCUGGAGGUGUUCUCUCUCAGAUGAUAGUGAAGACCACAGCAGACACGACGCCACCCUUGUGACCAUGGAGCGAGUGAGUGGCCAGCAGGAGCUUUCCCCCGAGGGAAUGAAGACUCCAUCCAUGAAGCGCUUCAAUGCUAAUGGGUCAAUGGAGACUCAUGAACGACGUCCAGAUCAAUUAAAGCCACUCAACAGAACCGGCAAGCCCAGUGAAGCAGCUCACUCAGCGAGUGUGUCUCCGCUCCCGAGUCGAACCAGCUAUCUGAUAAUGAGUCCAGCGCCGUCCCAAGGAGUCAUGGUUCAGGGGCGGCUCUUCCAGCAUGCACAGUUCUCUGCUCCAAUCAGAACGCUGGAGCAAAGAUCCGAUAUGAUCCAAAGAGUUGAGCUGGACCGCAUUCUUCUCACCUGUCCCCAGACUCCAGAUUCAGAAGACAUCAGUGUUAAGAGGCUCGUCCAUCAGAAACGGCGGCCAAUGAACGAUAGUCCUGUUCCUGUGGGCAAACCAGUUGAGCAGUUCCUUCAGCCUGAUGAUUACCUCACAGUUUGUGGUAAAUGUAGCCAACCCAGUGAGGACCAUGUAAGAUGUGACCGCUGUGGAUAUAUCCUACCUGCGGAGACUCUGCCUCUUCCUGCUGUUACAUCAGCGCUGCUCCCUCGGCCCUCCAUUCACUCGCAGCCGCCCACCCUUCAGAUAAGAACCUCUGGGGGCUGCUCUCAACAGAUAGAUGUUGUAAUGAGUCCAUCGGUGCGGAUCAUGCAUGGAGGUAUGCUGCUUCCUCACAGUGGAAGACUCGUCGUCACUUCUGGAGGCUCGGUGUGUAACGGAUUGAAGCAAGCUGGCGGCAAGAAACAUCAGAUCACCAAACCAUGUGAAUUAAAUGACCCCAUUGUGCUGUCCAGUGACAAGGAUGAAGAAAGUGAUGAUGUCAGCAGCAGGGGGAUCGGUAACCGAUUGGACAGCGCGUCGCCACGACCUGCGGACUCUGCCCACUCGUCUCCUGCUCCCUCCGGUGGUCGGGUGGAAGCAGCCGUUAAAGCAGCUGGUGAACAUGAAGACCCUAGCAGUGACUUUUUCACACAGACAAGCCAGAGAAACCUGGUGCCCAGAAGGAAAAGCAUGAGAGAUCCAUUUGGGAACACUGUGUGUGAAGAUCCAUCUCCUAAGAAGUGGAAAAUGGAUCAGAUGAUGAAGCUGAGCAGUAUUAUUCUGGGCUGCAGGAGCGUAAGGAUCGGUACUCUGCGCAGGAUGGUCACCAAACCUGUUGUGUUUACAGUGGAAAAUAUACAGCUGGAGACAGAAGGUGCUGAUGUGAGUAUGUUGGAGAGUGUUUUCUUGCGGUCGUCGGAGCUGACCAGAUGUGAGUGGUGUACCGUCAAGAAGCUGCCGGUCCUGUUUCUGCAGACCACAGAUGAAGAGUGCCAGCGAUUACAGACUCAGCUGCAGAUGUGUCAGGACGAGGGAGGAGUGUGGUACGACUGCAGCGGCAACAAUGAUGAGAAGUAUAUUGUAUUGAUAUUCGAGAGCGGCCCCUCAUUGCAAGAGCAGAUUAUUCUGGAGGAUAUCCUUGCUGAAAUCAGCAGAAACAAUAAUCUGUCAGAUUUCCCCAAGAUGAUCAGUUUUGAAGAGGCCAACAGUCGACUGCUUGAGUACAAUAAAACCUCCGUAGACCAAGAAAAGGUUAAAGAAGUUGGAGCUGCACCUUGUGCAUCGACGGGUGUGCGAACACGCAUGUCUGCUCGGCUCCAGGAGUACUGUGAAGAGGACGAUGAGAUGACAGAGCUCCAGCCAACCUUCACUGGUCCUAUCAUAAAGUUGUUGGUUUACCCCCCGCCGCCUGCUAAAGGAGGAAUCUCUGUAACCAAUGAGGACCUCCACUGUCUGAACGAUGGAGAGUUUCUCAACGACGUCAUCAUCGACUUUUAUUUAAAAUAUCUGUUUUUGGAGAAGUUAAAGAAGGAAGAUGCUAUCCGCAGUCAUGUGUUUAGCUCGUUCUUCUAUAAGAGACUCAAUCAGAGAGAGCGGAGAAACACGGUCGACACGUCCAACUUACCCAUACAGAAGAGGAAACACAACAGAGUGAAGACAUGGACACGUCACGUGGAUCUCUUCCAGAAAGACUUCAUCUUUGUGCCCAUCAAUGAGUCUGCACACUGGUAUCUUGCCAUAAUCUGUUUUCCGGGACUGGAGAUGGCUCAUGUUGAGCCAAACCCACUGUACCAGCCUCAAACUCAAGCCCAGAGCGCUGUUGUCUCCACCAGCCCACCCACUGAUGGAGGUUCGGAUGAGCUGGAUGACGUCAGACAGCACACGGCCGUCCCACACAGAUCUGAGGCUGAUGUGAACAGACAGCAGCAGUACACAGAUGGUUUACACCGAAUAAUCGAGUGUUAUGGGACAGAUGACUCCCAACACUCAGAUGACCAAAGCUCAUGUCAGGACGAGUGUAGUGAAGAUGACAGUUUGGUCGAUGAGUGUGGGAGCUUUGACAAAGCAGAGUUGACAUCCAAACCCACCAUCUGCAAACAGCCUUGUAUUCUGAUCAUGGACUCCCUGCGUGGACCAACCAGGUCGACUGUGGUGAAAACAUUACGCGAGUAUCUAGAGGUGGAGUGGGAGGUAAAGAAAGGCUCCAAGAGGAGUUUUGGGAAGGAUGUGAUGAAGGGCUCGAGUCCUCGUGUGCCCCAGCAGGAUAACUUCAGUGACUGUGGAGUUUAUGUGCUGCAGUAUGUGGAGAGCUUCUUUGAGAAACCAAUUCCAAGCUUUCAUCUCCCAAUUAAUUUAUUGGAUUGGUUUCCCCAGCAACGGAUGAAAACCAAGCGGGACGAGAUGAAGGAGCUCAUUCUGAAGCUUCAGACUCAGCAGCAGCUCAAUCUGGAUAGCUGUGAGCAGACACACAGCCCCUGUGAGGAUACCUUCGAGUCACCUGAUCUCAUCCCUCCAGUCAGCUCCUGAGCUCCGCCACGCUGCUACGCUUUCACCAUCAUGACUCAGAAACACUAAAAGCCAAUCAGGGCCUUGUGUGAUUAUACGCUGCUGGACAACUCUGACGUUAUUUCUUAUGACCUUCUUAUAGUUUUGAAAUUUAAAAAGAAGAGCGUUUUGUUUUUUAUUUGCAUCGAAUAAAUGGUACAUAUACAUAA